AUGCUUCACGGCGCCGUCCUAGCACGACUGAAGGCGAGCGUCUAUUGCCGCGAGUUUGUCUUCAUACUCACGGCGCAUACCUGUCGCAUCAAUGUAUUCUGCGGUUAUGUCGUCCUCGAACCCGUGGAACAUUUCACGUGCUGGUGUGGUAGGCGCAACCCAGCGCGUCUGGCUGACGAUGAUAGUACUCGUGGAAUCCCUGCCUCGUUCACCAAGAUCCACUGGAAUUAA